AAACCCUAGUCUCCACCAUCACCGAGAAGUCACCGGUCUCAAUGGCGAAGCUCCUCUCCCGCUCCACCGCCUCGCGCGUCGCAACCCGUUUCUUCUCCACCUCCAGACCCGCCGCUCCUUCUCACUCUAACCUCAUCUCCCGUCGAUCUUCACCGGCGCUGUUCCAAGCCAUGGGAUUCAUCCCUGAUUCGACCCGUUUGACGACGAUCCGGACCCGGAUGGAUAGGUCUGGUGGAUCGUAUUCCCCGCUCAAAUCCGCAUCCAAUUUUAGCGACAGAGCACCUACGGAGAUGGCGCCGCUGUUUCCUGGCUGCGACUACGAGCAUUGGCUCAUCGUCAUGGAGAAGCCCGGCGGCGAAAACGCGAGUAGACAGCAGAUGAUCGAUUGUUAUGUUCAGACUCUUGCCAAAAUUGUCGGAAGUGAGGAAGAAGCUAAGAGGAAGAUCUAUAAUGUCUCGUGCGAGAGGUAUUUUGGGUUUGGUUGUGAGAUUGAUGAGGAGACAUCAAACAAACUCGAAGGGAUUCCUGGAGUUCUCUUCGUGCUUCCGGAUUCUUACGUUGAUCCAGAGUACAAAGACUACGGAGCUGAGUUGUUUGUGAAUGGAGAAGUGGUUCCGCGUCCACCAGAGAGACAGAGGAAGAUAAUGGAGUUAACGACUCAAAGAAGCUCGGAUAAACCGAGGUACAAUGACAAAACCAGAAACGUUCGACGGAGAGAUAACAUGCGUUAAGACCUUCAGUACUCGAGAGUCUUUUGCUAAACAUCUCCUUCCCCUUUUGAACUUCGUUCGUAUUGCCUUUCUUGGUGUUUGUUAUUUGCUCCACUCUAUACGAAUAAUGUAAAUUGUGAUCAUGGUGAUGAUGGUAUUAUGGAUGAUGUUGGUUCUGUUUGAUUGCACGAAUCGUAUUAAAUAGUACCACUUAGUAUUAUUUAUCAAUC